AUGACUGCUUACAUCAGUUUCUGUUGGUGGCAAGGAAUUAAACAGGACAAAGAGAUAGUGGCUAAAAGGUGUCAGGGAUGUCAACAGAAUCAGAACGCACCCAAGGGAGCACCACUAAAUGCUUGGGAAUGGCCAACCAAGGCAUGGGAAAGAGUUCACAUAGAUUUCGCUGGACCUUUCCUGGGAGCCAUGUUCUUGAUAAUGGUUGAUUCUCACUUAAAGUGGCCAGAGGUGGUCAAAAUGACUACUACUACAUCAGCGCACACUAUCGAUGUUCUUAGGACCGUAUUUUCCAGAAAUGGUCUACCUGCUACUAUUGUCAGUGAUAAUGGUCCACAAUUUACUUCAAGGGAAUUUGAAGACUCCUUGAGUGCUAAUGGAAUCAAACAUGUCAAAACUACCCCUUACCACCCAUCAAGCAACGGGUUAGCCGAGCGUUUCGUACAGACAUUCAAACAAGCAAUGAAAUGUAGCAGAAACGAGUCAGGCGGUGUUAAGAAGAAACUAGUGUUAAGAAGAAACUAG